UUAAAUUAGAUCUUUGUAGAAAAACAGUGUGAAAUGCAAGAAAAGAAGUUCCAAUUAUUGAAAACUGAAAUGAUAACGUAAUUGUUUUAUUGGAUACGUUAAUAUGUCUGCGAUUGUCUGGCGACCGGUUCAGGGUGUACCCUGCCUCCCGCCCAGAGAUUGCUGGGAUAGGCUCCAGCACGCCUGCGACCCGAGUGAGGAUAAAGCGGUGCGUGUGAAAGUGCAGCAUGCAGUCUGUCCAAGAAGGGAGGUGGGAGCCUCAGCGUGCAUCUAAGGAUGCCUCGACACCCAGGCCUCGACCACCUUCUAAUUCGCGCCUCGCCCACGUGGAGACCACCACACCAGCUAAGAGAAUCACUUUCUACAGAAGCGGGGAUAGCCAGUUUGGAGGUGUCAGGAUGGCCAUCCACAAGCGCAGCUUCAAAUGCUUUGAUGCCCUGCUGGAUGACCUUUCACAAAAGGUGCCCCUUCCAUUCGGUGUUCGGACUGUGACCACCCCCCGCGGCACACACAUCAUCAAACAUCUGGAGGAACUCCAGGAUGGAGGCUGUUACCUCUGCUCUGACCGGCGCCAGCCUAAACCAGUCAACAUGUUGCAUGCCAGCAAACGGCAAAGCAUUUGGCACCAUCACAGCCGCAUACCCCCGCAACCAGAAACCUUGUCCACGUCUUCAUCUGGCCACCUCCCUCACAGGCAUCGACAGAUCCUUCUGAUUAAAAACACAGAUCCAGGGAUGCGGAGAAAUGUGGUACUGAGCAGGAGGUCAAUCAGAAGCAUGAGGGCCUUUCUUGAAGAGGUCUCUGAAGUGAUGCAGUUCCAUGUCCGAAAAAUUUAUACUGCAGAUGGACGCAAGGUUGACAGUGUUCAAAGUCUGAUGACCUGCCCUGGAGUUUUGGUGUGUGUCGGCAGAGAGGCCCUCAGUCCGUUGCUGUUGAAGUUCCUGAGUAAGAGCUCAGAGGAAAAACUGCCUGUUUUGAGCAGCAGGUCCCCUGGUCUUGGUCCCAGGACUCCUGGAAAUGGGGCUCGAUCCCCUGGUAUUCAAGAAGCAAGAUCAUCCCCUUAUGGAGCUCAGUCCAGAGCCAGUGAGUUCAGUGAAGGACAAGAGAGCAAGAAAAGUGUUAACUUUGGUCUGGAAACAAAAAAGAGCAUCAUCCACCCUCGGUCUGAUUCAUCAACCCGAUCCACUCGAUUUUCAUUGUCCUCAGAGAAGUCCUUUGGCAAUGGUGUAAGAGCACACUUGGAGCAGAGACCACCUAUAUUGAAUGAUGACAUUGAAAAGCGUGUCCUAGUCAACAAGGAUGGCAGUCUUUCCGUGGAAAUGAAAGUGCGUUUUCGCCUCCGCAAUGAUGAGACCUUGCAGUGGUCCACGCAGAUUGGAAAAUCGCCCUCUCUGACAAGUGACUGCUGCCCUCCAACCCAUCCCCACCACCCUUACUUACAAAAUGACCAAUCAGAAAGCUGCUCUGAUUGUGCAACAUUUGACCGAGAUUAUAUGAACUAUUCCAAUCAAUCGCUCCAUCAUGCAUUGGAUGUAAGCCAGUGCCCCUGUUGUUACCAGAUGCAAGGACAGCAGUACAACCUCUGGGAAAACCCAAUAAAAAGCCAUAAGCACCCACCCAUCCCACCCCCAUAUAUAUCUAGCCACACUCACACUACAAUCAGACAGUCACAUUCCUCUUGCUCGUCCUCAUCUUGUAACUCGAUGAGAGUAGUGCGUUGCCAAGCAAAAUUCUCCAACUGUGGAAGAGUUUCUGAUUCAGAGCAGAGCCAGUUUGUCCAAGAGGAAACAUGUGUGAUGGAACAGGUAGAGCGAAGCGUAGCGAUGGGACCGAAUGAAGACACUAACGAGGUGUGUAUGAGGAGCAGGUGCUCCAGUCGGAGUGAAGUGGUCACCCUGGAUGGCAAUGUGAGAUCUCUUAGCGAGAGGUCAGUUGUAGAUGAGCCGAUGGAGGAAGAGGUGGAUCACCCACUGUCUAGAGUCACCAGCUCCUCACAUGUACUACAGUCAUUCAAAGAAGACCAAGAUGUUGAUGAUGACCUACCACCGAGAGCUUCAGAGUGCUCCCAUAGAACUAAGUCAUCCCUGAAUGGUCACUUGAACGCUAAUCGGCCAGUCAGCCACUCAACUGAGCUGGACAAGCCAGAGGACCAGGACGAUAAAGGAAGUGGAACAGCAUCUCCAGUCACCUCUUGUCUAUGUGGAGCUGCCACCCCUCACAUAGCAAGCGAAGCAGCUGAGCUAGAUCAAACUCAUAGAUUCAGCUCCAAUGUAAGUAGAGCCUCUUAUAGGGCCACCAAAGUUGUGAACCAAACAAAUGAGAGUGAACAGAUACAGAGCAUUGUUGAAGCUUUAUCUGGCACCACUGGCCAGUCUGGGAUGUCGAGUGUAUGUCCUAAUUGUGGGGGCUACAAAUGGGUAGUCACCUCCAAUAGCAGUAGUCGAGUUUCACAGAAAUCAUGUCGUACUCCUCAAGCUCCGUCAAACCUGACUUCAUCUCUCGAAAACCAAGAGAAUGACAAUUACUGUACGAACGAUGAUGCUUUGUCUACACAAUCCAACAAAACAAAUCUCACAGCACAUGGAUCUGUCAUACAAGAUGUCCUGGAAAGUAAAGCAUCCAGUGCCAUAUCCAGAAUGUCCAGUCCUGAGCUAACAAAAAAGGAACAAGAAAGAGCCACCACGGCUAUAACCCACAAGUCCAACACAUCACAGAAAUCUGUGUCUACUGGUGCCACAACUGAAAAUAAGAUGGAGAGAAGCUCCAGUGCUGUGUCAGGACAGUCCAACAAGUCCAACUUCAGUGGCACAGUUAAAAGAUCUCACAUCACAACAACAGAGGAAGCAGAGGGAGGAACCUGUGACAAAAGAGAAGCAAAACCUUGUAUUUCACCUAAGACUGUCUCAGGUAUCAGGAUGAACUCUCCAGCUGACAAUACAGCCUUGGAAAACACAAACAGUAGAUCUCAUAGUUGUCUUUCUGGAAAUUCAAAUGCUUCUAUCAAGUCUGGCAAGGAAGACAGACCCAACAGUGUCCUCUCAACUGAAUCAUCAAAGUCAAAUAUAUCAGGAAAGUCCAAAAUAUCUUGCCACAAGUCCACAAAUAGUCAAUGUGCAAUAGAUGAGCCAAAAGUGGUACAACCAAAUGAAAAGGAAGAAACAGACAUGUGUCUUGAAAAUCAAAAAAUUGGAGACAACAAACCAGACUGUAAUACAGCCGAAGAAAGGGCAACCAGUGCUUUGUCUGCAAACUCAACAACCUCUUGUCAGACAACUUGCACCGCAGGAUCUCCCAAUCUAAAGGAAGCCAAUGUUUCCUCUAUUGAGGGGAAUGGAAAUAAGUCAAAUGAUGCUAAAGAGCAGGUGGUCAGUGCCAUCUCUAUGAAGUCAAACUCUUCAUUGGGCUCCUGUGCCUCUCAGAAGUCAGUUUCUACCAAGCAUCUAAAAUCAGCAUCCCAAAGACCAAAUGUAGUCACCAUUAAAACCCCAGAAAGGGUUGAUAAGGUUAGUGAGGCAACAGAGACAACCCAAAAAAAUGGCAAUGAUUCUGUUGUAGGUGAAGAGGUGGAAGAAAGAAAUGCCCAAAGUAAAACCUCUGGUCACGCUUACGGUCAAAUGUUGUCACCCACUGGAAUAAGCUCAUCCCAGGCCCAUUUCCAGAAAGCGAGGGCUGCAUCGCCCAGCAUUUCUAGUGAGGUAAGUGGUCAGAGUGCCUUCUCAGUUCACUCAGUAACUUCUUCUAAAUCUGGAAGUUAUAAAUGCCAAUGUGUUGUAGCUUUGACACUUGAAGAGGGAAAGAAAAAAAGGGUGGGAGAGGAAAAUGAAGCAAAGAAAGAUGGAGACAAAAUGGAACUAAAUGACAUAGAGGGCUCAAGAGGCACAGAGCAACUAAGUCAAAACUCAUCUGGGUCCAUCUCUCUUGGGCUGCCCGAUGACCAUGAAAUGUGUGACGCAGACAGCUGCAAGUCUUGCAUGUCAUUGCGUAAUGACAAUCACAACAAGGAUAGACUGAGGACAGCAACUCCAAAUGUCCAGUCAAUAUUGUCUCAUCAGUCCAAAGUCGAAGAAAGUCCGAAAGCAGGCGAUGUCCCUACUAUUGAAGCACCUGGAUCUGAUGGGGAUGUUGACAACCACCCUAAAAACUAUAUUUUUGCCAGCCCAGCCUCAAGCUGUAACAUUAAAAGGAUCAACAACAGGACCUCAUCUUCCCUGUCAUCAGCUAGUGCCAAUGUUAAAAAUUCUAAGCUUUCUCAACAAUCUGAUGGAGAUGUGAAAAAUGUUGAUCCUGACAACAAUGGCUCCAAAAAAUCAGCAAGUAGAGCCGAAGAAAAACAGAAUAGUCUCAUCAACAAGGCAGCUGGUGGACACUCCAGUGGACUCUGUUCCCUCACGAGUGACUUGGCAGCUGAUGCAAAAGUGAAUGGCUUAAAAGAAGAUGGUAUUGUCAAAGCGACUGACAGUGGCAGUGUCCAGUCUGGCAAAACAUCCAGUUCUUCAAAGAAAGUGAUGUCAGUCAGGUCCUCAAGGCAAGGCAACUCCAGACGGUGCAGUAAAGAGACAUGUGGUGAAAGUACCAUGUCUGCUACUGAUAUUCUCAUGGACACUAAGGCCAUGCGUCAACAUUGUCACCAGUCUAGAAAGGCAAGCAAAGCCAGCAACGAACAGCAUGUUGAGAAAAUCAGGAGGCAUCAGAUAAAGUGGAACCAGAAGGAUCAGGGUGAAGGGACAGAAGUGACCCCUGCAUGUCUGCCCAACGCUUCGCCCAGUGAAGUUGUCAGUGAUUGGUUGCGUAGCAUUCCUUCCAACAGCAAUAUUAUCGCCCUUGAUGAGCUCACUGAGGAUGGGCCUGGCAAAGAAUUGAUGGCUAAAGUUGAAGCGGACGUAACAGAAUCAAAUGAGGAACACACUCAGACGGAUAAAUUAGACAAGACAGAGAACGUUGGGGAUGACAAGAAAGAAGAAGAAUGUGCAGCAAUAGAUGAAGGAAAAAAUCCAGAUCUGACUGCAGGUAUUGGGGCAAUAGAAGCUUCUCCCCAGCCCAGCUCUCCGUUUAUUAGUGGAAAGGCAUUGCCUAAGAACUGGCGUUCUUCAGCUGCAGUGAUGAAGGUUCUUCUCAGCUCCUCUCUGGGACGAUGUAGAAGCUUGCCUGAGGUGUCUCCAGUUUAUGGCCGCAGACUAAGCACAUCAGCCAAGGGCCUCCUUGACUGUUUGGCCCAGCUUCAGCUCAUUGAGCCCGUGGGGGGUCAAGGUUGCAACAAAAAUGAAGACAGAAGCCGGCAGUAUGGGGACAUUAUAGCCAUUCUUCAAUCCCUUUGGAUCACUGAACCUAAGGACAUUGAGACCAAGGACACUGGCACAGAACAAGGGACCCCACCAAGGUCUUCAUCAGGGGUAGGCAUGAGCAGUGGCUCUGGUGGCUCAGGGAAGGACCAUGACCAUCAAGGAGGAGAUGAAACACUCCCCAAAGUGUCAUCACAUGAGGAUGAGGCUGUGGAGAAGGGUUUAGGGGAUGGAAUAGAACCACAAACCUUGGAAAUUAAGGAGGUAUUUUUAAAAGAACAACCUUAUCACAGUGAGGAGCAAAUUCAAGUCCCUCCAAUUCUGGAAAGUCCAAAAGAAGGGAACCCCUCAUCAUCUGACAAAAGCUCAGCCAACAAUAGCUCCAACUUCAGCUCAACAACACCUCCAACAGUUUUAAAAGCAUCAUUUUCAAAUAAACCGUCCCAAGAUCCCGAUCCAGUGUGGGUCUUGCACCUCCUGGAGAAGCUGGAGAAGGAAUUCAUGAACCACUACCUUGAUGCCAUGGCAGAGUUUAAAGUCCGUUGGGACCUUGAUGACAGCCUCAUUCUGGACACAAUGAUCUCAGAGCUGAAGGAUGAGGUGAACCACCGAAUCCAAAGCAGCAUAAAGCGGGAAAUGAGUAAGAUCCAGAGUCGAUCUGGCCGAGGCGGUAAAUCACCACGGCCUCCAAAGGGGGCAAAUCUAUCCAGGGAGUCCACAAUGACAGAGAAGCGCCGACGAAUGCUGAAGGUCAUGAAGAACCAGUCAGUUAAAACUGCCGACUCCUUCAGCGAUGGCGAGAUGACAGCCGAGUUCAGUGACCAACGAAGUGACGACGAUUACUGCCCAUGUGAUGCUUGUGUACGCAAAAAAAUGGCUGUAAGGCCUCUCAAAAUGAACCCUGCGGCAGUUGACGCUCCUGUGAUGAUGGAGUUUGAUCUUCUUAAGAUACUACAGCUCAAGAAGACCCCAGCAGCUGUCCCUUCAUCUGUGUCACAGCCUAAAGAUAAGUGUGAUGACAGUGUAGUCAUUGAGGAGGAAGUGAGGAGUUUAGAGGUUGUACAGGAGGAAGAGGAGGACGAGGAAUCAAGCGAGGAUUUCAAAACGAGUUUAGAAGAGACAAUUCCCGAGGAUGAUGAUGAGGAUGCAGAUGAAGAGGUGAAAUGUGAGGGUGAUGAGGGGGAAGAUGAGGAAGUAACAGGGGGCAGGGAAGCUGGCCACUCACAGAUCAGCGGGGAGAAAUUGUGCACGAGGGAAGAAACACCAGAGGAGGCUGACAAAACUAGUGAUAACAUGGGAGGUAAAGGGGAGAAGGAGACUGAAGAUGAAGCCGAGACAGCAGAGGAGGGGGUUGGGACAGUAUAUAAUGAAGAGGAUUCCGAGGGCGACAAGGUUGAUGGAGUGGCUACAGAGGAGGAAGAGCAAAAGGUUACCCAGGACUCUACAAAUCAAGAUCUUGAAGAAUCAACACUUUUGGAGGAGAAGGAAAACACCAGUGCUUCAGCAGGAGCAGAGAAUGAAGAUGAGCAAGAGGAGGAGGAGAAUGAUGGUAGUGGAGAGUCUCAAGAAGAAGGCGAGUCGUCACAGCAAGAAAGAGCCUCACAGAAGCGUCAUAGUUCAAACUGGGAUGUCUUUGUGACCGAGGGCGAGAAAGCCGAUGCUGAAGACUCAAGCACUGACGCUAAACAUCCAAGUGACAACAGCCCAGAUGAGUCAGAAUACAAGACUCACGGUGGUGAGGAUGUGGACGGGAGCACAACAGCAGAUGGCGCUCUGCUGCAUCAGUUCACCAGGAUUUCAGUGGAGUCCCAGCAGGGCUCCUUAGAAGACUGAGACCCCCCAUCAACUGAAACAUUGAACUUGAAUCAACACUUUGUAACUCUUGGCUCUUUCUCUCAUUCAAAGACUGAUUAGAACAAGUGGACACGCCUGAACACUUGAUGCACUUUAUCUCUCUGCUGUGGGAGUCUGAGUGAUAUGAAACUUGAAGUUGUAUUUUCUAAGAAUGCAGACGUAGUAUUUCAAGGAUAAGAAUGUUUUAAACUAAACUUUUAUAUUUAAUAAUUUAUAUCCAUAUAGAUCUCUAGGUACGGUUUUAGUUGCCAUAGUUUUUAUUUAUUAUUUUUGCGUGUGUAUUCUGUGAAACAUUUCUCUAUAUCACUAGCACAUUGCUUUUGAAGGGUCAAAUGUUACCGAACUAGUGGAACAGCAGCGUGACAUGUGUUACUGAUGCCUUACCGUAUCCGUGGCUAUACAGUAUGAGGGUGGAUCCACAGAAACAAGGACACGUCGCCAUGUUCAAGUAGAUGGGCUCCAUGCUCUCUCUGCAGAUAUGUUGACGAUGACAGAUGAUGUAUCUGGCUCUGCUCCUGAGCUUGCCAAGGGGGCGGAAGAGUGUGCUGCUAUCAGUGUGUUUGCGUAGGCAUCAGGGUGUCACAAAGUGCACCUCAUGUCCCAAGCGUGAUCCAUCCAUCCAUUUUCUGAACCGCUUCUCCUCACAAGGGUCGCAGGAGUGCUGGAGCCUAUCUCAACUAUCUUCGGGCAGGAGGCGGGGUACACCCUGAACUGGUUGCCAAUCGCAGGCCCAAGUGUGAUGAAGACAUGAAUAUCAUGUUGAUACAGAUAAAAGCAAUGCAACAUUUUAUUAUUUAUUAUUUUGUCCGUCAUUUGUACUAAAACAAAAGGUUACAUAUGCUCAACUUUCAAAGGACCUUGGCAUAUUGUUUGCAGGUAUUGUAGGCCUGUUCUGCUGUCAUUAACAGGAUAGCGGUCGGACCCAAAUGCAAGAUGUAAGCGUUCCAAAAAACAAACUGUUAAAUAACACGUUUGACUGGGUACACAGGUAGUGAGUCAGUGAAGGCAAAGGUAUUAAAAAUGUGACAGUCAAAUAAACAAGCAGGGUCAGAGAUUACUUGAAUAAGUGGCGUGAAAAAAAGAAUGCUGGAAAGUGAUGAUGGGGUACAAUGAAGUGGCAAUGAGACAGGCUGAGUCUCAAUGUUAAAUAUACUGAACAAAAAUAUAAACACAACAAUUUAGUUUUUGGCAAACAGUUCAGGGUGUACCCUGCCUCUUGCCUGCCGUUAGCUGGGAUAGGCUCCAGCAUACCCGUGACCCCACUGAGGAUAAGCAGUGUAGAAAAUGGAUGGAUGGAUGGAUGAAAUUGAAGACUUUUUCUAUUUGUUCACAAAUCUGUCCAAAUCUGUGUUAGGGAGCGUGUUUCCUUUGCCAAGAAAAUGCAUCCACCUCACAGGUGUAGCAUAUUAAGAUGCUGAUUAGAAAGCAUCAUUAUUGCACAGGUGUUUCUUUAGGCUGCCUACAAUAAAAGGCCAUUCUAAAAUGUGCAGUUUUAUCACAUAGCACAGUGCCACAGAUUUUUGAGGGCACAUGCAUUUGGCAUGCUGACUGCAGUGAUGUCCGAUACAACUGUUGCCCAUGAAUUGAAUGUUCAUUUCUCAACCAUAAACCUUUUCCAAAGACAUUUCAGAGAAUCUGGCAGUACAUCCAGCCGGCCUCACAUCCUCAGACCAUACGUAACCACACAAGCCUUGGACCUCACAUCCAGCAUUUUCACGUUCGAGAUUGUCUUAGACCAGCCACCCAAAAAGCUGCUGCAACAAUUUCUGCACAAAAUGUUAUAAAUUCUCAGGGAAGCUCAUCUGUAUGCUCAUCGUCCUCAUCGGGGUCUCGACCCCAAGGAAUAGGGCCUUACACAAAAUGUUAUUUGGAGGUGUCUCUCCUCUCCCGUCCCGAUUUUAGGUGGGUUGCGGACAGGUAGUAAAAAAAUGUAUAGCAUAAUUCAGAUUGUCAAAACUAGGGAUGGGCGUGUACCGGUAACAGGUAUCGGUAUGUGGCCGAUACUGGCCUUAUUUCAAGGUAAUGGGUACUAAGGAAGGCUAUCAAUACCAGCCACUGAUACUUAUAGGAAAAAAAAAAUCUGACAUUGAAUAAAUCCUCCUCACCCGUAGUUGGCGCUACACUGCAGCGGUUUAACACAUUGACGAAUCAGUAUGUGCGUCAGAAAGAAAGACAGAAGGUCUGUUUCAUUGUCCAUCCAUCCAUCCCUUUUUCUGAGCCGCUUAUCCUCACAAGGGUCGCAGGAGCCUAUCCCAGCUAUCAUCGGGCAGGACACAUACAACAAGCAACCAGUCGCACUCACAUUCACACCUACGGGGCAAUGUAGAGUCAUCAAUUAACCUACCAUGCAUGUUUUUGGGAUGUGGGAGGAAACCGGAGUGCCCGGAGAAAACCCACGCAGGCACGGGGAGAACAUGCAAACUCCAAACAAGUUUAUUUGAAAUUGUAUUUAUCAAAAGUACUGAUGACAUCAGUACUUGGUAAGAGUGAAUACUCAUACUGGUAUCGGUCUAGAAAAAAAGUAAUGCCGAACAUCCGUAGUUAAAACUGUUAGUUCGUAAGUACUUGGUUUUGGACCGAACGAAAAACAGUUUAAAUCCCACUGCAGACUGAAUGACAUAUGGAAAUACAUAGUAAGUAGUAGUUAAUAGUAGUUAGCUAGUCUACUUCCUGAGAACUAUUGGUUGAGUUCAGGAGUGAAACACCAUUUGUUUACUCCAUUCAAUUUGGGGAUAUAAUUAAUAUAAUAAAACAAGGAAACAGAAAAUAUAAACGCUUAUAUUGUUUAUUAUUUAUUAUACUGUGAAGGUGGUUUUAAAUACAUUAGUAUUUUUAUGUAUCCAUUAAUUGAUGGUUUUCUUUCAUUGUGUUGGCUACACACACCGUACACCAAGGUGAUUAUAGUAAACGAAACAAACAAAAUAAAAUUAAACCUGAAAAACAUUUUCGUGAGGGAAACAAAACAAAAACGAGAAUGUAUUUAAUCCAUCCAUCCAUCCAUUUUCUGAGCCGCUUCUCCUCACUAGGGUCGCGGGCGUGCUGGAGCCUAUCCCAGCUGUCAUCAGGCAGGAGGCGGGGUACACCCUGAACUGGUUGCCAGCCAAUCGCAGGGCACAUAGGAACAAACAACCAUUCGCACUCACAGUCAUGCCUACGGGCAAUUUAGAGUCUCCAAUUCAUGCAUGUUUUUGGGAUGUGGGAGGAAACCGGAGUGCCCGGAGAAAACCCACGCAGGCACGGGGAGAACAUGCAAACUCCACACAGGCGGGGCC